UCCCCAUCCUCUGUGAGGUGGAGAUGAAGUGUCAGGAUUCUGGACGACAUAGAUUUUCAACUUCUCACAGUUUUGAGUAUUGACAUUCAAAUUACAACAGGGAAAUUACAGAAUUCUUGAUUUUUUUCAGAAAGAUAAAUAUCUUGCUAAACAUAAUUUAGUAUGGCUUCCUCACCUAUGGUUCAUUACAUGUCUUCUGUAUCACCACACUCUCCAAAAUGUUACCACAAUAACCAAACCCUAGCUCUCCCUCACUCUAAUUUCUUGUCUCCCACAUCCUUUUUAAGGUUAAAGAGGAAAACCCUUUUCUCAAAUAUUCAAUUUAACAAGCCCUUAGCACCAAGACCCUUGGUUUAUGCACUUCAGUCCAACUUCUUCAAAGUUAUUCAGACUGUAUGGAAGGUUGGGAAGGAUGGAGUUGAAGCUGGAACCAAUUUAGUGCCGGACUCUGUCCCAAGACCAAUCGCAAGGAUCUCUGUUUCAGUUGUCGUUCUGUUUGUGACACUUUUUGUACUCAAGUCAUUCCUGUCAACAGCUUUCUUCGCGCUGGCCACAAUGGGACUUGUGUAUUUCGUAUUUAUUGCCUUGAACAAAGAUCAAGGACCAAGAGGAGGCAGUGGCAGUGAAUCCAUGGAGGACCCUGUAGAAGAAGCCAGAAAAAUAAUGGAAAAGUACAAAUGACAAAUGCAAGAUCAUGAUAAUGGUCUAUCAUCCAAAUUUUGUGUUACACUCUUAUAUAAUUUGUAGGCAUGCACUGUAAAGAAAGAAGAAACAUCUUGUGUGGAAUAUCUAUAAUCCAUAAUCUACAACUAAAUAUUUAAAAAAAGAUACAUAAUGUACUGUAGAAGUUAGGCUUUUGAAUGCUGACACGUUAGCAGUUGGUUUAUUUUCUUCAUUUGGGUGAAUGAGAAAGUAAGGGAGAAAAAAUGCCGAAUUACCCCAGUCCCUGUACUUUUUAAA